CGUGUGCAAAUAAAUCGGACGCGCCGACCGCUAUAAUAUUAUACGGUUUUAUUACUCGACGAUAAGUCACGUUGUACACAAUGUGAUACGGUAGUACGUAAGUUUUUGUAUUUCCGUCGCCGUCGCCGUCUCGUCUCGUACUCUGUCCGUCCUCCGAUCGUGUUGUCGUCACGACAACGCCGACAAACGGCAUCGGCCGUAACGUCGCGUUGCGAUCACACGACUCGUUCGGUCCGGUCCGCGCGGUGUCCGUCGUCAUCUGCUGUUCCGCCGCCGUCCCGCGUCAGUGUCGAACCCGUCCCCAUCACGGCAUGAUCGUCGCCCGUUGACUCGGGACGUCCGAAUGUCGGCGCGUACGCCCACGACCGCCGUGUAGCCGACUACGCACGACACAGAAUGUCAAUGUUCUUUUUUCGUUUGCACAACCUUCGCCGUGAGGAGGAAAUAAAAAAACAACGGAAACGAGGCAUGAGGCACAGGCAUCAGCUAACACUGGCCCCCAGCCGGUUGUUUGAAAAACCACCACUAACACCAUCUGAUAGCCUAGACGCGGUAGCCUUACAAAUUCCCAGGGUACGAGUGGAAUAUUACGUUAACGAAAAUACAUUCAAAGAACGUUUACAAAUAUAUUUUAUUAAAAACCAACGCUCAAGUCUUCGUAUUCGUAUCGCAAAUUUAUUUUUCAAACUACUAACAUGUGUUUUAUACAUCGUCCGCGUCGUACUCGAUCAAGAUCCCACGUCCGCGACUUGUUAUGGAUGCAAAAUGGGAAACAAAACCGAAUUCCUAUGGAGCCGAAAUUUGACGGACGAGGCGUUCCAAGCGAGACCUAUAAUCAAUUGGGAUGCAAUCCAAUGGGUAAAACGACCGGUAGAGCUGUGGGUGAUACAGUGCGGACUGGCGAUUUUCGCACUCUGCGAAUCGCUACUCCUCACGUACAUCGGUUACAAGGGAAAUGUAAUGCAGCAACUACUAUCAUUCCACUUCCUUUUAGAGUUGAUCACAACUGUACCCUUUAUUUUCACAAUUUUCCAACCAACAUUGAUCAACCUUUUCAUACCAGUAUUUUUAAACUGUUGGUUGGCGAAAAAAUCCUUAGAAAAUAUGUUUAACGAUCUUCACCGUGCUAUGCAAAAAUCUCAAUCAGCGCUGUCCCAACAGUUGAUGAUACUUUCAGCCACACUUCUCUGUUUAGUAUUUACUAGUGUAUGUGGUAUACAACAUUUCCAAAGAGCUGGCCAUCGGCAUCUGAGCCUCUUUCAAGCUACUUAUUAUGUAGUAGUCACGUUUUCUACGGUCGGUUACGGCGACUUCGUGCCAGACAUUUGGCCUUCCCAACUCUAUAUGGUUGUUAUGAUAUGCAUAGCACUCAUCGUUCUUCCAACACAAUUUGAACAGUUAGCAUUUACAUGGAUGGAAAGACAGAAACUUGGCGGAUCUUAUUCAUCUCAUAGAGCACAUUCUGAAAAACAUGUAGUCGUCUGUAGUACAACGCUUCAAGCUGACACAAUUAUGGAUUUUCUUAAUGAAUUUUACGCACAUCCAUUACUCCAAGAUUAUUUUGUGGUUCUUUUAUCGCCAAUGGAACUGGACACUACAAUGAGAAUGAUUCUCCAAGUACCUAUUUGGGCUCAAAGAGUAAUUUAUAUUCAAGGGUCGUGUUUAAAAGACGGAGAUCUGUCCAGAGCUAGAAUGAGUGACGCUAAAGCUUGUUUCGUUUUGGCUGCCAGAAAUUAUGCUGACAAAACUGCAGCAGAUGAACACACGAUUCUACGGUCGUGGGCCGUCAAAGACUACGCCCCAACUGUUCCCCAAUAUGUUCAAAUAUUUCGACCAGAAAAUAAAUUACACGUGAAAUUUGCAGAGUUUGUUGUAUGUGAAGAUGAGCUUAAAUAUGCUCUUCUUGCUAAUAACUGCACAUGCCCUGGAGCUUCAACACUAGUUACACUUCUACUACAUACAAGUAGAGGACAGGAAGGCCAGACUUCGCCUGAAGAAUGGCAUAGACUAUAUGGUAGAUGUUCAGGAAAUGAAAUCUACCACAUACUUUUAGGUGACAGUAGAUUUUUUGGUGAAUACGAGGGGAAAAGUUUCACAUACGCAAGUUUUCAUUCACAUCGGAAGUUCGGUGUAUCACUAGUAGGCGUGCGACCUGCCGAUUUACCAGAGUUUUACGAAGACACGAUACUUUUAAAUCCUGGGCCUAGGCAUAUAAUGAAAAAAUCCGAUAUAUGUUAUUACAUUAGCGUAAAUAAAGAGGAAAAUUCAUCGUUUGUUGUUUCAAAUAAUGGUUCAGCGCCUUCGAAACAUCUUGAUAGUAUGUUAAAUAACGAUAAGCCCACAGAAGUUCAAAAAACUAUUAGAGAAAGUUACACUUUCCAAAACAAACAAACAGAAGAACCGACAAUCGUAGGUAAUCAUUUAAAUAUUCCUAAGCCAAUGGAUAUGAACCCGAAUUUAUUAAGUCCUGAAGUACUGGGUCAAAGAAGAGGUAGUCGCCGUCCAAGUAUAUUACCAGUGGCUGAAAAUAUAACAGGUUCGUCAUUAAACAUAUCUGUACCUCAGCCAGAAGAAGACGGAGAUGAAAGCGAAGAUGAGCUAGAAGACGAGGUCCCAUGGAGAUCGCCGAGUGAAAAGAUAGCAAUAGUCAAAGGAUUUCCACCAGUGUCACCGUACAUAGGUGUCAGUCCCACAUUGUGUUAUUUAUUAAAAGAAAAAAAACCACUGUGUUGUCUACAGCUCGCCCAGGUAUGUGAGCAUUGCGCUUACCGAAACGCCAAUGACUACAAUUGGCAAAAUAAAACCAUAAUUUUAGCUGCCGAUUAUGCAUCGAAUGGAAUUUACAAUUUCAUCAUACCACUAAGGGCACACUUUCAUCCGAAAACGUCCUUAAAUCCGAUCAUCAUACUAUUAGAGCGACGUCCGGAUAUUGCGUUUCUAGACGCAAUUUCAUAUUUUCCCCUUGUAUAUUGGAUGCUGGGAUCCAUAGAUUGUUUGGAUGAUCUCUUGAGAGCUGGAAUAUUAUUAGCAGAAAACGUAGUAGUAGUAAAUAAAGAACUAUCAAAUUCAGCUGAAGAAGAAACAUUAGCAGACUGUAAUACCAUUGUAGCAGUCCAAACAAUGUUUAAGUUCUUUCCCAACAUUCGUAGUAUAACUGAAUUAUCUCAGUCGUCCAACAUGAGAUUCAUGCAAUUCAGAGCACAAGACACCUAUGCGCUACACUUGUCCAAAAUGGAAAAACACGAAAAGGAAAGAGGCUCACACAUAUCAUACAUGUUUCGACUACCAUUUGCGGCUGGUUCUGUAUUCAGUGCUAGCAUGUUAGAUACAUUGUUAUACCAAGCAUUUGUAAAAGACUAUGUCAUCACUUUUGUAAGACUACUGUUGGGCGUGGAUCAGGCUCCAGGUUCUGGUUUCUUAACUUCAAUGAAAAUUACAAAAGAUGAUAUGUGGAUACGAACUUACGGUCGUCUUUACCAAAAACUUUGUUCUACUACUUGUGAGAUACCUUUGGGCAUUUACAGAACUCAAGAUUUAUCGAACAUAGAAUCACCACCGGAUGCAUGUGGUACAGACUGCGAUAAAAUAUCUGAGGGUUCGGAUCACGAAGCUUACAUGCCCAUUCCGACUAACUGUCUGCCUAAUUGCCACAGGAAUCAAAAUUCUGUAUUUUCAAUUAACAUGCACGACGACGCCCGCGAUAACCAUGACAACUUGAUCGAGCGAGCGGAAAUAGUGAACCUGGUUAGAUCCCGAAUGGACAGUUUGAAUUUACCUGCCGUCGAUCACGAAGAAGUCAGCGAGAAGCGUAGCAGUCUGUCAUACGUCAUUAUCAACCCUAGUUGCGACCUCAAACUCGAAGAGGGUGACAUUGUAUAUAUUCUACGGCCAAGCCCGUUUUCGGCUCAAAAGACGUUCGAAAGGCACAACAGCCGUCGAAAGUCUAACAUAAGUUUCAACUCGACAAUCGGACAACUGGGCUUCGGUUCGAGGAGGGGAUCGAGCAUGGCGUUCCCGCCGUUCAUGACCAGGCCGCCACCGUUAGUCACCACCAAAGCAAAUAGCUUGUCGUUACCGGACAGCCCGACCGUGGGCAGCGCGCUCCGCGCUCGGUCCAACUCUCUGCGUGUAGUCGACGACAUACUGUUGAGACGGUCGAAUUCGCUUAGACAGGGACUUUCCAUGUGUAACCGGAAGAGCAGCCUCGAAGAGUUAGGAGUAUCACACUUCCCUAUCGGGUCAAUUGCUCACGAACGUAGACCCAGCAUGCAAGUAAGCCUAAGUGCUCGAUCAAUGAGAAAUAUCGUCACUGCGCGAAGGCGGUCUGAGCUGCACCCGAGCGAGAUGAGUGGCAGUGCCAUAAAGAUCGCGCUGAACGGCAGCAUCGGGCUGGAGGUGACUCCGCCUGAAGAGGUGUCCUCGCCCGGCAUGUCCAGCAACACGAGCAUGGUGACGGUACCGUCGCUGCACCAUCCGCCGUUGCCGUCGCCGGUCAUGUCGCCGCACUCGUCGCACGAACACUUGCAGGGCACGAUUGUAUGAUACAACUUGAUGUGGGGCAAACGGAAGAGCAACAACGCUCGCAACAAGUGGCUGUGAACGCGCACGUCACUCACGUUCUUCCCGAUUGCUUCCACAUCCGUCCACCGAUAUUAUAUUACAUUAUUUUUUUUUUCUAUAAUUGUUUAUAAUAAUAUAUGAUACGUAAUAAUAAAACAUGUCAUCUCGCACGCGCGCGCGACAACGACGUCGGUCACCACGACGGUUGUUAUCGUUUAAAAUAAUAUUUUAUGAUACACACAUACACACACACACACACACACACACACACACACACACACACAUAUACACUAACACAUACACAAUACACGCACUUUAUUGCGAUGCGUCGGUAUUGAAAAUGCCACGAGCAGCUAAACUGAAUCAACUCCACGACUUUUUCCGCGAUAAAUAAAACUCGAAUUUCAGGACAUUGAGAGAUAGAAUUGAAUUUUUUUACCGAUUUCAAAAUUGAAAAUACGUAAAUAAAGACAAUAAUAUUGUGCGAAUGUUUCAACGGAAUUUUUCGACUUUUCGAGAAGAAAAAUGUUUACGUAAUCGCUACGAAAUGUGUUAUGUACUCGUAAUAUCCAAAAAUCCGUGUCGAAUAAAACCCCGGCUUAACAUUUCACGGGUAACUCUACUACAGUCUACAUCUGCACACACAGACACGUUCACAGAGCGUACGCAGUUGAAUAUUGCAAUAUUUUACUAUUAUGUGUAUGUAUAAUAUUGUAUAAAUGUAGAAAAUGAAAAAUCAACAUAUCUGUGACAAAAUAAUAUCAUCACAUCCUUACGCGUUCUACGCCGUCUUUGCAUUCGCCGUUAUUCCAUAUUCACAUGUAUAGAUAUAUAUAUAUAUAUAUUUGUUUGUAUGUAAAGUUUGCGAACGUGGUCGAUAUUUUUCUUUUCUGCUAAGUAUAUGCGGCACCGGCACGGGGGAAAUCAAAACGAUUAUGUGCCAAAGUAAAUAUUAUGCACAUAACUUCUAUGUAAAAUAUUAUGUGUGUGUGUAAUAAUGAUAUUAUAUAGGUGUGUGAAAUCCGCGAGGAGAAUAAAUGUCAUUUGGUUAGGAUAGGGAACUUAUGGACCUCAUAGGGUAACGUAUACAACGGUAGAUAGGUAGGUACAUACGACGCGUCGGUUGGUGGCAAAACGGGUUUCAUGCGAUAUUGUUAUCGAGCGAAAUUGUCCAUGACCACAGGGGUAACUGCACCAUGCGAUAUGUACAUUUUUGUUUUAAUAAAUGGUUUUAAGAUACACUCUUACUUUUUUUUUAAGUCCAUCACUUUAUUCUGAAUAAAACCAAACCUUUCCCGGCCACUUUUUCCACCAUUACAAUAUAAAAAUACAUACCUACCAUUAAAACACAUAUCAAUCAAAUAUUUCGAUAUUUGAUGUAUUUCAAACAAUUAGUUGUCGACAACAUGACUUAUCUAUCAUGUACAAUUUAUUUAAUUUUGUUUUAUUUUUUAUAAAUUGUAUUAUUCACUGAACAACAACCAUAUCAUUACUGAUAUCAUGUACACCGUGUUUCAUAUUUUGCAUCAAAAUAUUCUCCGUGUUGGUAAACAUCUUAUUGUAACUACAAGUAAUUAUAAUUCAAUUUACAUUACAACGAUGUAGACAAUUCAUAAGAAUAAACAUGUGUUAUUGAUUCCGAUUUUCCAAUUUCUAUUACAGUUUACAAAAAUUGAUCAACAUCUAUUUAUUUAUAUAUAUAUAUAUAAAUAUUUAUAAUUUAUACAUUAUUUAUUUAUUUGUUUUACUGUAUCGUGUUUAAAUAACUUAAAUAUAAAAUUAUUACAUUAAAAAAAGUUCUAGAUAACAUAUCUAUUGAAAACAGGGAAAAGUAUAUUUUCCAUAGACUUUUUUCUGUUUCUACUUUAAAUACAAUAAUAGAAACACGGGCGUUGAAAAUACACCGAAAUAACAUUAAAAUACAAUGUUCUAUAUUACUAUUAUUAUUUAUGUGUAUCAAAAUCCAUAGACAAUAUUUAUACAUUUGAUAAAUUAAAUUGCUACCUAUCUGUGUUUUGAGUUCGUACACUACUGUUAUAAAUUCAAUGGUGGAAUUAGAAUUUUAAACAUUGUUUUAGACGAUGAAACGAUAAUAAUAUUAACUAUUGUACAUUUAUUUUGCGUAUUAUUUAAAAACAGUAUAAAAUCAAUCUUUUGAUCAAACGAGAGGCUUAAUUAUUGUUAAUAUAGAGUGUAUAUUAAAGACAGAUGCAAAUUAAAAUAAUAUAGGUGGGUACGCGAUUUUCGUUAUCCUAAAACUAAAAAAAUCAAAAAAAUCUUG